AUGGCUUCUCAAUUAUCUUCUUCCCCAUUCGUCACAACUCUCUUCCCUCAGAAACCACCCCAACCUUGCAUGCCAAUUAGAAAAGGAUCAAACCCUAAAUUCUUUCCUAAAUUAGGUGUCAAUGUAUCAUGCAACAUCACAAAUAGUCAAGAAGAUGACGAUUUCAAAAAUCCUAAAACCAAAAAGGGAGAAUUACAAAGUUCUACAAACAAAUUAAUGUUUGAUAGAAGAGAUGUUCUUAUUAGCUUAGGAGGCCUCUAUGGAGCAACUACUCUCAACAGUAAAGAUCCUUUCGCAUUGGCUGCUCCGAUUCAACCACCCGAUCUUUCCGGGCCAUUCCCACCUAAGCCUGAUGUAGUACCAUAUAAUUGUCUCCCACCAACCUCUGAAAAGGUAAUAGAUUUCAAGCCAUCGGACUUAUGUGAGCGGCUUCGAGUUAGGCCUGCCGCGCAUUUGGUUGACAAUGAGUAUAUAGCCAAGUAUGAAAAAGCCACUGAGCUAAUGAAAGCACUUCCUGCUGAUGAUCCUCGUAGCUUCAUGCAACAAGCCAAAGUUCAUUGUGCUUAUUGUUCUGGAGGUUAUACACAAGUAGGGUUUCCUAAUGUAGAGCUUCAAGUUCACUAUUCAUGGCUUUUCUUUCCAUUCCACAGAUACUAUCUUUACUUCUAUGAGAAAAUUUUGGGAAAAUUAAUUGGUGAUCCAACUUUUGCUUUACCAUUCUGGAAUUGGGACACGCCUCUUGGAAUGUCAAUGCCUACCAUUUAUACAAAUCUGAAGUCUCCGCUCUAUGACCCAUUAAGAGAUGCUAAGCAUCAACCACCAACAUUGACCGAACUUGAUUACAGCGGGGUUGAUCCGACGAUCUCAGAAAAGGAACUGAUUAAAGACAAUCUAGUGAUCAUGCAUAGGCAAAUGAUAUCUGGUGCAAAAAUCCCUAGACUUUUCUUUGGGAAGCCAAUUAGAGCUGGUGAUAAACCCAAUGAUGCAAAAGAAGGGGGUACAAUUGAGUUAACUCCUCAUAAUAACGUACAUAGCUGGACAGGAGAUAGAAAUCAGCGAAAUGGGGAGAACAUGGGAGCUUUCUUCUCUGCCGGGAGGGACCCAAUUUUCUAUGCUCAUCACUCUAAUAUUGAUCGAAUGUGGGAGAUAUGGAAGACUCUUGGAGGCAAACGCAAGGAUCUCACUGACACAGAUUUUCUUAAAGCUGGGUUUGUUUUCUAUGACGAGAAUUCAAAUCUUGUCCGAGUCAAAGUUAAAGAUUGUUUAGAGACUAAAAAUCUGGGUUAUGUGUACCAAGAUGUUGAUCUUCCAUGGCGAGAAUUUAAGCCUGAACCAAAAAAAUCAUUGGUGAAGGUAAGUGUUGGAACUUCCCCUCUGAAUUUAAUCCAAAAGAUCAGCAUGAGAAAUUUGCCUUUGAAUUUAGAGAAAGAAACAGUGAAAGUUGAGGUUCCGAGGCCGAAGAAAUCAAGGAGUAAGGAAGAGAAAGAAGAGGAAGAGGAAGUGAUAGUGAUCGAGGACAUUGAGUUCAACAUGAACGAGUUUGUGAAAUUUGAUGUGCUUGUCAAUGAUGUUGAACAUGACCUAAAGUGCAGACCUCGACACACAGAGUUUGCAGGGAGUUUUGUGCGUUUGCCGCAUAUCCAUGGACGUGGGAAAAUGAUGUCCAAGGGUUCUUUGAGGUUAGCGUGCACAGAUUUGCUUGAGGAAUUAGGAGCAGAAGAUGACGAUAACGUAGUGGUGAGUUUGGUGCCAAGAUCUGGGCAUGAUAUCCGUAUUGGUGGGAUAAAGAUAGAGUUUUUAAAAGAAUGA